GGAUUGGCGGACGCGCCAUUGGCGGACGCGCCGUGUCGCGUGAGGUCAGUUCCGGUGGCGGCGACCCCGGCGCUUGAGGCAGGUAGUAGCGUGGUCUUGCGCCACAGAGUGACGCUCGGACGCGCGCGCAGCUCUCAUGGCUUCGCUGCUCAAGGUGGACCCGGAGGUGAAGCUCAAGGUUGAUUCCUUCAGGGAGCGGAUCACAAGUGAGGCUGAAGACCUGGUGGCAAACUUUUUCCCAAAGAAGCUAUUAGAGCUUGAUGGGUUCCUUAAGGACCCUAUCCUGAAUGUUCAUGAUCUCACUCGGAUCCAUUCAGAUAUGAACCUCCCAGUGCCUGACCCAAUUCUUCUCACCAACAGGCAUGAUGGACUGGAUGGGCCAAAUAUGAAAAAGAGGAAGCUGGAAGACCACGAAGAGACCUUUCAGGGUACCAAAGUCUUUGUGAUGCCCAAUGGGAUGCUGAAGAGCAACCAGCAGCUGGUGGACAUCAUUGAGAAAGUGAAACCAGAAAUCAGGCUGCUCAUUGAGAAGUGUAAUACGGUCAAAAUGUGGGUGCAGCUUCUUAUUCCCAGGAUAGAAGAUGGAAACAACUUUGGUGUUUCUAUUCAGGAGGAAACAGUUGCUGAGCUUCGAACUGUGGAAAGUGAAGCAGCUUCCUACUUGGACCAGAUUUCUAAAUAUUAUAUCACAAGAGCAAAGUUGGUUUCCAAAAUAGCUAAGUACCCUCAUGUGGAGGACUAUCGCUGCACGGUGACAGAGAUCGAUGAGAAGGAGUACAUUAGUCUGCGUCUGAUCAUUUCAGAGCUGAGGAAUCAAUAUGUUACUUUGCAUGACAUGAUCCUUAAAAACAUUGAGAAGAUCAAGAGGCCUCGGAGCAGCAACGCUGAAACCCUCUAUUAAGUGUCAAUGUUUGAACUUGAGAACUGUUCAGUCGACUAAAGACCGUCAUUGCCUUGGUUUGUUAUGUGACUCGAGAUGGGGAAACUGACUGGAAAUACUAUUGCAUUCUUAGUUAAACUCUAAAGAGCUUCUUGCCUAGUUUUGUGACUUGGUUUUGUUCAGGUCUCAUGAGCUCUUCCUCCCUCUAGUAACUGGUCAUGAGAAGGCCGUGCUGCUUUGGGAUGCCCUAGAGGCUACUGCAGAGUGAGAGCACCAGCCUUCAUGCCUUUCUUCCUACCCUAUUAAGAGCGACACUUAAGAGACCAAGCCCUUUAUCUUGUCCCAUCUCUUGGCCAGAGGCUUCAUUGGGCUCUCUGGGAAUGGGGCAGACCAGCAUAAGAGCAAGCCCAGGUGAUGGAGAAGCUCCCUCUCUUCACUGCCCUGCUGUGCUCUUAUCCGUUGCAGAUGAGGGAACAUGUCCCUUCUGGGUUAGUGGCAGCAGCCCCUGCUCCAGUGCUGCUGAGUGGUCUUUCCUCAUUUUCUGGCUCUCUCCUGCUCAGCAGAACCUGCCCCAUCUGUCUCUGCCUUGUCUGUUCUGGCUGGAGCAAUGCAGAGCACGAGGUGGUGCUUGAAACUAGGGCUGUUUGCUGGCCUUGACUGGUCAUGAGCUCAGGUGGCUUUUACUCCUGUUUGCCAUUUUAACUAGAGCCACUUUCUUGGCUGAAACCAAUAUUACUUCACAUAUAUCCUAGUGUCCCUUCAGCACAAGAUGCUUUUGCCCAGACCAAGGGAAAGGAGGGGAUACCAAAGCCCUGAUAGUCUCUGUGGUCAGCUUGAGUCCCGCUGCCUCCUGGCAGUGCUCCCCACUGCUGGGGCAGGGCAGGCAGUCACCUCAGAUUUGUGCUUGGAGUGAGAAUGGCUGAUAACCCCCACUCCAGAACCAUUGCUUCCCCCCUUGUAAAACUUUUCCCUGCAAAGGGCAUGUUGCGGUGCCCUGGUGACUCCUCUAAGCCUCUGAAAUGUUGUCUGGUCCAUUACAAAGCCUGUUGGAAAUGACUGGUUGUGUUGCAUCAGUUUUUGUGUGUGGCAAGUGGGCCCAGAACACUGCAAGGCUCCAAAAUGUUCUUAUUUAUAGUAUUUCUACUGAAGUCCCCUCUUCAGGGAACAUUCUAAAUAAUUCGUUUCAGGAACCUGGCUGUUCCCUGGGUCUCACUGUUACACCUGUAUAUUUUUAUUGUGCAGUAGCCUUAAUAGUUGUUUUAACCUCAUUGUAAUAAGUGACAAAUUGAAUGAAUUUUCUACCCUUCUUGUUUUGGGGAUUUUUGUUUGUUUAUUUGUUUCUUCUGCUUUCUCACCUAAGAGCCAUGUUGUCUCUUGCUGGUUUCCCAGGGAUUUGCCCCAGGGUGUGGAGGGCUGCUGGCCCUUGCUAUAGACUCUUAUGUCGUUGUUUGUAGUAAAUCAACUCAAUAAAUAUUAAAUAACAAA